CUGGAUUAAGUCCCUUACAAUCUGUUUGGUGACUGACACAGAACAGAGACAAACCUGCAGGAGUCCACAGACACGAACAGCCUCAGUCCAGAAGAUCAGGACGAAUGAUGCUGCCACAGCAUCUGCACUCCUACCGCUUUAAAUGAGCCUCUCCGAGGAGGCAAGAGCAGACAGAUUACAUACGGUCUCUGAGCGGCGGAUGAUCUUAGAGAGGAGGAGGCUGAGAAACACACCGUGAGCAGCAAGAGACAGUUUCACAGGAUUAAGAAGACGAGACAGAUAUCAGUGCAAUCCUGGAGACGGACUAAAGAAGCUACAGAUCUAGAAGCUUUACACAUCAAAUAACUAAAGGAUAAAACCUUGAGCAUUCAUCAAACAAAAAUGCAUCCAGCAAGCUCAAGAAAGACUGAAUGGCUGUUCACUCCCUUCUUCUUCUGUGCCAUCUGUUUUUCCGUGUGUGCUGGGACAGGAAUGCCGGGUUCAGACUACAACCCUCAUCCUCGUCUCAUCUGUACCCCCAUUCCCGCUGAUGCCGAUCCCAGGUGUUUCCCCACGGCGGGCGGACACCACGGCGGGAGCAGCAGCGGCUGGUGGGGAAUGUCGGAGGAGGCCAAAGCGACGAUCCUGCACCUGCGGGAGAGUUUGGUGCAGCAGAAGGAAACCAUCCUGGACCAGAGGGAGACCAUCCGAGAGCUCACCGCCAAACUGAACCUGUGCGAGGGCUUGAGCCACACACCCGCACACCUGGCCCAUCACGCCCACCACGCCUACCCCACGGCCCCCGACACCGGACACCUCGGGCUGGAGCUGGGACACUAUGGUGACGGGGUCAGAGGGCAUCGUGGUGGGAAAGCUGCGCUGAGCGAGAAGCACGUGACGGGGGACAUCCCUUCACCCUCCUCUACACCGGAGCAGAUGAGCAGGAUGCUGCAGAGCCUGAAACAACGGCUGGACAACAUGCAGACGAGAAACACCUCCAGCAGCCACUCCAGCUCCCUGAAGGACCUCCUGCAGAGGAAGAUCAGUGCUCUGGAGCAACAGAUGCAGCACCAUUCUGCCUCGCUAACCAGCGCCGCUCACACUGACCACAAGCAUGAGGAGGAGGAUGACGGUCGGCACGACGACAGAGACCACGGCGGCCAUGACGACCACGGCGAUCACCAUGACGACGGUCACCAUGACGACAGUGACCGUGACGACGAUCACCAUGACGAUGGUCACCAUGACGGUGAUCACCAUGACAACAGCCACCAUGAUGACAGCCACCAUGACGACGACAACAGCCAUGAGAACGGACACCAAGACAGCAGUCACCAUGACAGCAGAGUCUCCGAGCAUGGCUUCGAGAGGUUGUCGUAUAACCUACAAGGUCACGGAGAAGCACAGAGUGGAGUCCACAGCAAACUGGACGCGGUCCUCAGUCAGCUGCAGCACAGGCUCACUGACACAGGUUCUAGAAAGAACAGCAGACCCACAGAAGCUUUCCAGAUGGGCUUCCCCAUGAGGACCAACUACAUGUACGGUCGUGUGAAGCGCACGCUGCUGCACGAGAUCUUCUCCUUCACGCUGUGUCUGUGGAUGAAGGCUGGCAUCGGCCCGGGGCUCGGGACACCCUUCUCUUACUCUGUGCCCGGACAGGCCAACGAGCUGGUGCUCAUCGAGUGGGGAAACAACCCCAUGGAGCUGCUGGUCGAUGACAGAGCCGUGUCUCUGCCACUCUCGGUGAGUGAUGGUAAAUGGCACCACGUGUGUGUGACGUGGUCGACGCGGGACGGACUGUGGGAGGCCUUCCAGGACGGAGUGAAGAGAGGCUCAGGGGAAAACCUCUCGCCCUGGCAUCCCAUCAAACCUGGAGGAGUCUUCAUACUGGGACAGGAACAGGACACACUGGGGGGCCGUUUCGAUGCGACGCAGGCGUUCGUUGGUGAAAUCUCAGACGUGCAGAUGUGGUCUCAUGUUCUCACACCGCAUGACAUCUACAACCUGGCGUCAUGUGGAGGUCACAUGACCGGUGACAUCAUCGCCUGGUCGGAGUCAGUGGUGGAGCUGCAUGGCGGGGUCACCAAAUACCCCUUUGACCCCUGCCAUUAAAGAGAAGGACGGUCCGAAUACAAGCAUCUGAGUGCAGAGUGAUUUCACAUCAGCUUCUGAUCACUUAUAACCUGGUUUUAAUGCAAAACUAAUUCAUUAUCACUUCAAAAAUAUGGCCUUCUGUUUACAUGAGAAACUUGAAUGACCCCAUGACCUCCUGGAUUUCAGCACGGACCUGUUUUGUAUUGUUUCAGUGUUUUGUGUAGCCAAUGUUUUCUUACUGAACUUUUUUAAAAUUCUUAUUCUAUGAAUGGCUCUUAAAUGCCAUUCAGUGUUAGAUGCAAGUACACAACAUAUUGUCAUAACUUGGAUAGAAACCAUAGAUCAUAGCCAGAAGUGCUAUAAAUAUAGAUGUAAAAGUAACUUGAGCAGAUUGAUUUUCUUGUACUGUAAGAAAAAUCUAAAGAUACAGCGAAACCAAAGAGAAGUCACACACACGCUGCUGUUGUGUUUGUACAUUGUUUUUGUUUUUCUAAUUAAGAAAUUAGUAUUUCUUAGUUUGACCUGUAUUUGUCCAUGUUAAAAUGUUUAGCCAACUCAAAGCGGAGCUAAAUAAGCAGCUAUUCUGAGAUACUUUUGAUAGGUCUUUAGUUUCAUAUUAAGUGUCGUAGCAUUUUAGCUUAAUCUACUGUCCUUAAUUUAAUGCAAAUUUGUUUCAAAAGAAUAUAAUUUUCCACUAAUGUUUGUUCAUCGGAAUUUAGUAUGCAUUUAUUGUUUUUAUUAACUUUAUAU